UCGUAAUGAUAAAUGCUUUUUUUGCACUGACUAAUUAAAGAAAAUGUCAGUCUUGUACAAUCAAAUUGAGAGUUAUCAAUCAGUAUUGAUAUGUUUCGUUAUGUCAUUCAUGUAUGUCGGUAGUUUGUACGUUUGGAAAGAUAACAACAAACAGAAAAACCGUGACCAUCCGGAUGUUAUACGACUAAGAUUCAUUAGUGUUACAGCCGUUUGUGUGUUAGCUAUUCCGAUUGUGUGGUUCUUUGGUUCGCCAUCCACAAGUCCUGAGGCACAUACUGUGUUAGAAUGGAUUGGUAUACGUCUAUCAGGUCUGAUAACCGCCUUAGUUUUACCCUUGGUACUGACCAUGGUGCUGUUCAUGGGGCCACUGUUCUUGCAUUACAUGGAUGGGGUGUUCCGACUGUACCUGGAACCACAGUACUGGAUCAAGAGCAGUAAAAACUACAUCUGGCUGCGAAAUCACGUUGCCGCCCCUAUCUCAGAGGAGUUUAUUUUCCGUGCCUGCAUGUUGCCGUUUCUAGUCCCGCAGUUCGGAGAAGGCUGGUCGAUCAUCUUGUGUCCGCUGUUCUUUGGAGUCGCCCACCUUCACCACCUGAUAGAGAGAGUGACCCAUCAGAACGAGGAAGUAAAAGACGCACUCAAGAAGUCCCUGUUUCAGAUGGCUUACACUACAGUGUUUGGGGCAUACUCAGCAUUUCUCUUCAUAAGAACAGGUCAUCUGAUAGCUCCAAUACUCGCCCAUGCAUUCUGCAAUCACAUGGGUUUUCCCGCCUUUAACGAGGUCUUCGCAUACGAAGACAAGAGAAUUAGAAGAAAAAUCAUGGCCGCUUUUGUAGCUGGGCUACUGCUAUGGAUGUACCUCCUCUUUCCACUUACCGCUCCAUUCCUUUACUCUAAUGAUGUUUAUCAUUAUUGAUGGAACUGUUAUUAGUUAUAGCAUUAUAGAAUUUGCAUUUAGUUUGUUUUGUUUCAUAGCACUGCCAUAUCUAUAUGAAUAGUGUAUGGUUACCUUGGCGUAUGGUGUCCGCCUGGAGACCGAGAGGUCACAUGUUUGAUCCUCACUGCGGGAGCAUUCUUUAGAUCUCCCCGUAUGACAUCAAGUACUGACUCUAUCAAGGACAUGGACUACAGAGUGUUUCAAUAAGAUUUAGGUAUUUGAUGCAAUCAGCAUAUUUUCAAACAAUGUUUUAUUAUUUUUAGCUCGACUAUUAUAUAUGUCAUAUAUAUAGUGGAGCUAUCCUACUCACCCCGGCGUUCCCGUUAGCAUUCCCGUUAGCGUUAGCGUGCAAAUGUUAAAGUUUGCGUACUACCCCAAAUAUGUCCUUUGACAUAUUGCUUUUAUAUUUUGCAUACUUCUUUACCAACAUGAUACCAAUCUAUAAACAAGAGCAGACAACUGUAUCAAGCAUUUUGACAGAAUUAUUGUCCCUUUUAUACUUAGAAUAUGCAUAUUAUUGAUAAAUCUAUGUUAAAGUUUGCGUACCACCUAAAAUAAUUUCUAUGUCCUUUGACAUAUUGCUUUCAUAUUUUGCAUACUUCUUUACAAACAUGAUUCCAAUCUAUAAACAAGAGCAGACAACUGUAUCAAGCAUUUUGACAGAAUUAUGGCCCCUUUUAUACUUAGAUAAUUGAACAUUUUGCUCAAAUUGCCAUAACUUCUUUAUUUAUGAUCACAUUUGAUUCAUACUUUGACAAAACAACACUUACCUGACAUACCACAAUGCACUUCACCCAAACCAUCCCCCCAUGCCCCACCCCAGA